AUGAACAAUUUCAAAGUAACUAAUUUAAAGUCUCCGGAAAACGAUAAUGAAGCCGUUCACAAGAAAUAUUUACGGGAACAAAUAAAUCCAAUUGAAAUAAUAAAAAAUUUUGUUAAUGAAACUAAACUACAACAAGAGGUAGCAGGUUUAAUAAGUUUUAUUCAAAAACAAUUAGUCAACGUAGUAAACAAAACUGAGUUACAAAAUUUAAUUUCAUUAACAUCUAAAUUAGAUGAUAAGAUUGCAAAACAAAAAUUAGACAUUCAACAAUUAAUAGAUAACAUUCCAGAUGAAAAUGAAGAUACGUUUCAACAGGAAUUAAAUGCUCUGGAAACUAAACUUAACAGCGAAUUACAAAAAGAACUAAGAAAUAUUAAACAACAAAUACAAAACAUAGAUGAUAGCGAAAUCAAAACCUAUAUUCAACAACAAAUACAAAAUAUUGAUGAUAGUGAAAUUAAAACCUAUAUUCAACAACAAAUACAAAAUAUUGAUGAUAGUGUUACUCAACAACAGAUAACCACUAUUAAUAACCUAGUUUUAAAACAGGACAAAAAUAUAGUCGCAUUAGAAAAGUAUCUCAAGAAAGAAAAUAAAUCAUAUUAUUUUAGUCUUCCAUUUGGAAGUUUGAGUAAUAAAGAUGCUUCUAUUACUGAUAAUAUUGAUAGAUCAAGAGACUAUGAAUAUAGAAAAUAUGGAUUUACAGCAAAUAUUAGAGUAUAUAAACAUAGUGGUGAUAAUCCCUAUGAAAUGUUUGUUAGUGAUUAUUCUAGUGUUAUUAUUUUCCGAGGAAAACUUAUAAUUGAAAUAACUUUUCCUUUUCAGAAAAAAUGGAAAAGACAAAAACAAAUAAUGGGCAACUCUAAUUAUUUGCAAAAUAUUAAUUUCAUAUGUUCCUAUCAACAUGAAAAAUCUAGUUUAGCGGCAUGGGGAAAUUCAUCUAAUCUACCAAUGAAUUUGAGAAAGAUCACCGAUAUUAAUAUUACAAAAUACACCGAAGAUAAUUGGGAAUCUGUAAGACACGAAUGGGAACCUUACGCUAAAAGAGAUACGUUAUGUCUUGGAGCUUGUUUGAUAAUAUGA